UCCUCGCCUCUUCCAAUUUCGCUAGCCCACCUGCCCAUCCUCGCCCCGUCCGUCUCUCCUCCUCGUAAAAGGAAGCGGAAAAGUCGAAGAAUCUUUCGAGCUCCGUACCGCAGAACGAUUCCCAAAGCCCCAACGCCGCCGCCGCGGAAUUAGCUGCCGGGAGGGAGGCGGCCGUCGUGACCUCAGGGCUGCGUCUCCGGUGAUGUAUCCGGUGGCGACGGGCUUGCCGCCGGCGCGGCUGCCGGCGGCGUCGCGGGUGGACAAGGCGACCAGCCACCUGCUGCAGGGGCCGGACUGGGCCGUCAACCUAGAAAUCUGCGACACUCUCAACGCCGACCGAUGGCAAACAAAAGAUGUGGUGAAAGCAGUGAAGAAGCGGUUGCAGAAUAAGGACCCCAAAGUUCAAUUCUUCACUCUGACGCUGUUGGAGACAGUGAUGAAGAACUGUGGUGAAUAUGUCCAUUUUGAAGUUGUUGAGCAGCAUGUUUUAACAGAAAUGGUUAAAAUUGUCCAGAAGAAGCAUGAUAUGCAAGUGAAGGAUAAGAUAUUGAUACUUCUGGACUCAUGGCAAGAAGCAUUCGGUGGUCCUGGGGGCAAAUAUCCACAAUAUUACUGGGCAUACAUUGAACUAAAGAGGUCAGGAGUAAUGUUCCCACGUCGUCCUAUAGAUGCCCCUCCUAUAUUUACUCCACCCGCAACACAUCAUUCUCAGCCCUAUGGUUCACCUACAUAUCCUGCUGGAAGUCUGAAUGACAGAAUGGCAUCUGAAGCUGAAACAUUGAGUUUAGGGGACUUGAAUAAUAUUAGAGAUGCAGCGGAACUUCUGUGUGAUAUGGUGAAUGCUUUGAAUCCUGCCGAUCGCAUGGCUGUUAAAGAUGAAAUUGUUACAGAGAUUGUCAGCCAAAGUCGUUCGAAUCAACAAAAGCUCAUGGGGUUUAUCAGUUCAACAGGGAAUGAGGAGCUACUGAAACAAGGCCUAGAAAUAAAUGAUCGUCUACAAAGUGUACUUGCAAAACACGACGCCAUUGCUUCUGGUGCUCCUUUACCAGUUGAAACACCAAGUAGACAUGAGAUACCCAGAGAGGAAACAGUACUACAGCCGUCUGCACCUCCAAUUGCACAUAAUGAGGCUCCAGUUGAAGAGGAUGAAGAGGACGAGUUUGCUCAGAUAGCAAAAAGAAAAAACAAAUCUGUGAUAAGCAGCGAUGAGGGAUCAUCAAGUGCCGGUGAUCAUGCUCUUAUACCCAUUGAUGAAGCACCUUCCGAAGCCUCAUCUUCUGUUGCGAGCAAUGCACUGGUUCCUGUUGAGUCAGCUAGUGGUACUCGGACAAAAGAGCAGGAUAUGAUCGACCUUUUAAGCCUCACGUUAUACAGUCCUCCAGAAGCAUCUACAGAUUCUUCAACACAGAGCCAGAAUGAGACUCAGCAUAUUCCCACGUCAAAUGGGGCAGCAUUACCUCCAAACUAUCAGCCUGCGUCAUUGGAUGGACCGCAUUACCCUUCCAACCAGCAGGUAUAUCCAACAAAUCAGGGAUACAGUACAUACAACAAUUAUGUUGCACCCUGGGCCCAAACUGAACAGAACACACAGGCUGCAGCAUAUCCUACCCAGGCCCCACAAUAUGCAUCUAGCUAUCCGGCGCCACCAUGGGCCAUGCCUACAAGUGCCAACUCCAUUAAUCCUUUUCAGCCUGCCACAUACCAAAUGCCGACUCCUCCUGUUCCUUCUGUUGCCUCAACAGUUAACUAUCCAGUUCUUUCAUCCCCAUAUGCUGCUCCACAAAUGCACCAUGCGCCAUCUCCAACCACCAAAGCCAGUCCUAUGCAACAGCAUAGCUCUCUUGUUUCUCAAACAAACAAUGCCCUCGCCCUUGCUCCGGAUGUUCGAAUGAAUGGAAUUCAAAAGCCCAAAGAAGCACCAGCGGCAGCAGCCAAACCCUACUACAUGCCAGACAAUCUAUUUGGUGAUUUGAUUGAUGUGAAGAGUUUUGGUGCUGGAGGUAAGAUAAGCAGAUCAACGAACAUGCCUAGUCCAAAGGGUGGCGGUCAACCUAUGAUAGGUGGAAAGAAAUAGGUUUCACAAGUUCAGAUUAGUUGCUACUGUUGUUUGGCUUGUACAUUUGAUGUAUAUUCGUUCAGGUCAUAUUGGUUAUUACAUUGUUCAAUUUCGUGGUCGCCGUAUGUGUAUCCUGAGAUGGUAGAGCAUAAUUUCUGUAAAUGGUUUGUUUCAACCGUUGGUUGUUUCUGUCCUAA